AGUGACCUUUCAUCGACUCUUGGCUAUACAUAUCCGAUCAGGUUGUAAACAUCUCAACUCUUCUUUUGAUGGCACAAGUAAUUACUGAACAGUGGGAAUCUUUCAAUGGUCCCAUUGUCACCAUCAGAACUGUGUAGAAAUAUUCCACGUAAAAUCCAUCAUCCGUAAAAUCCAAACCGGACAAAUUUUGUUAUUUCUGGUCUUUCGGAAUUUAAGAGAUAAGUAUUAUUUUGAAUUUAUUACAGAUCGGAGGAUAUAAAUUUCAUCUUAAGUAAUUCCGUCAAUCGCUGGUAGUUUGUAUGACGAUUAAUUAAUAAUAAAUAAUCAAAAGAAUGCUGUAGUAGUAUUUUCUGGUUGAAAUAUUAAAACGGUAAUUAUCUGUAUUUUGUUUUAAAUGAAAUAAUUAUUUUAACUGAAAAUAUAUCCUAGCUUAUAAUAGAAAUAUUUUGGAUAAGUUUGUAUUCUUUAGUUAAACGAAAACUAUGAUAAAUCAAACAGAAUAUUAAAUAAUAGGAAAUUUUGCACCUGUAAGAACUCUUGGUUAAUUUUAAAAGAAAAGGAACGUUCUUUUAUUUUGGAAAAGCUUUUGAACGAAAUGUACUCCAAUAUUUCUUAACACUAAGGUUGAAAUCCUUGUUUGGAGUCAUAUAAUUUCUCAUUGCAUAUUUAUAAUAAGAAUUUUAAGGUAUUCUGUUAUAAUAAAUCUUGAAAACAAAAUUCUAAUCUCUCCUACGGCACUUACUGAUUGCCCAGCUUGCAAGUCAAAGUAAAAAUAUAUGCCAUGUAAAAGAAUUUCUCAAAAUUAAUUAUCCAACGAAACUUUUAACAACUAUUGACUAUUAUUUUAAAAUUUCUCGCAUGAACAACAUUUAGCAACCUUUUGACGAUCAUUCGCAAGGGAGUGAACAUUAAAUUAAUCCACGGACGAAUUCAAACCAAUCAGAAGUUAAUUAUAAAUUCACUUCGAAUUAAGAAGGACCAUGUUAGAGGAACCAAGUGAAAGUACUUCUGCCAGACGCAAGUCUAUGGACCCGGUGAGUCAGGUGAUACACCUCGAAGAAUUGCCAACUCCAGGAAGUCGAUUUGAGUUGCAAGAAUUACUUGGAGUUGGAACUUGUGCUAAAGUAUAUGCAGCUAUAGAUAAACAGAAAGGGAAUAAAGUAGCGGUUAAACUAAUAGACAAUAUCGCAGAAAACAUACUGGAGAUAGAAUCAGAAUAUGGCGUCCUAUCUUCGAUCGGUGGCCAAUCUCUUGUUCCAGAGUUCCACGGCACCUAUUUACACUCGCCAAAAAACGCCAAAAAGCAGCUGUGGUUUGUUAUGGAGUUGUGCGAAGGCGUUCCAGUUUCUGAUCUGUUGUCAUGGUUACGUGAGAAUGGAAAAUUGCUGAGUGAAGAAGAAAUUGCUGCUAUUUUAAAGCUCAGCAUGAUGGCAAUUCAUCAUCUACACCAGAAUGAUAUUAUCCAUAGAGAUAUAAGGGCAUCCAAUUUUAUCAUUUCACCAGAAGGGGAACUGAAACUGAUAGACUUUGGAUCGUGCGCUCUGGUUAAAGAUUCUGAAGGGAAAACUCACUCAUCAAUAGGAUCACCAUACUGGAUGGCACCAGAGGUCAUCGCUUGUGAACAGCUGAGACCUUAUACGAAGUCGUGCGAUGUGUGGUCCCUUGGGAUCACAGCCAUUGAGCUCGCUGAAACUCUACCUCCUCUGUUUGACAUACAUCCAGUGAGAGCCAUGUUCCAAAUUGCCAGAAAUCCUCCCCCAACUCUUAAAACUCGAUCCGAAUGGAGUGAAACUUUUAGAGAUUUUAUCAGUGAGUGUCUUGAACGAAAUGAAGAACACCGACCUAACAUCCUGGAGCUACUAUUGCAUCCGUUUAUAACGGCCAUUGAUGAUACCAGCAACCCAUCGCUCACUUUAGAAGAGCAUCUGCAGCAGGAAUUUGUUCCCACAUCUGGUUCCAGAGUGAAACAAAUAUUGAAACGAAUCGGAAGCAUGGUUUCAGAUAAUCUAUAUCCGCUAAUACCAUCUAAACCCCUGACAGUUACUGUAAAGAACUGGAAUUUCAAGACUGAACCAGAAUCGCCUUACGUCAAAAUGUUACCUGAUGACUUGGCAGCUUGUGAGAAUCAAUCAGAGGAAUCGGUCGUAGAUCAUCUAUAUUACAGAGUUAGCCAAGAUGAUAUUUAUACUUACAUAGGAGAUAUCUUAUUAGCUAUCAACCCAAAGAAGAAGCUACCAUUGUACGACUCAAAGAUCCAAGUGCAAUAUUGGGAAAAGGCCAGAUCAGACAAUCCGCCUCAUGUAUUCGCUGUAGCUGACAGAGCCUAUCAGCAAAUGUUGCAUCAUAAACGAUCCCAAGUUAUAAUAACGUUUGGAAAAUGUGGAAGCGGAAAAUCGUUUUCUACCACGCAGAUAAUAAAUCAGCUGGCAUUCUUGAGUCCUAGCGGCUGCAUCGCAAUGGCAGAGAAGAUUCAACAGCUGUGUCCUUUGCUCGACGCUUUCGGAUCUGCUCGCACCAGUUAUAAUCAAAACGCAAGUCGCUUAUUCAAAACUGUAGCCGUGACCUUUACUAAAACAGGAAAAAUAACCGGAGGUAUCAUUGAAGCUACACUUCUAGAUAGAACAAGAAUCAGUUGUACACCUCAGAAUGAAAGCAACUUCCAUAUCCUCUAUUACGUAUUUGAAGGUCUGAAAAACGAAAAGAGGCUGGCCGAAUUCGGUCUAGACAAGUUAUCAAUUAUGAAGUAUUUGCCCAUGAAAUCCACCAAAAACGUCGCAGAUCUGAUUGCCGGUUACAAGAACAUCUACCAAUCCUUACGUGUUCUUUCAUUUACUGAGGAGGAAAUCCUGGUUGUUCUUAGAAUUCUGUCUGCCAUCUUACUUUUGGGUGACGUCACAUAUACGAUGAAAGGAUCUACGGCCACAGCAAACAACCCAUAUCUUAUAACAUCAGCCGCAAAGAACUUAAGCGUUGACAACGACCAGCUGUGUUCUGUCAUUUCUAAGGGGUCGACUGUCGAAGAAGUUGCUGUGAAGCGGGAUGCCUGGGUCCAAUUUCUUUACUUGCGAGUUUUUGACUGGAUUGUGUCUUCCAUCAACAAACAGCUGUCAUUUUCCAGGCUUGUUCUGGGAAAUUCUUACUCUGUGACUGUCAUUGAUCCCCCAGGAUUUGGCGCCAACGAACAAAACCAAUUGUUUCGCCUCAAUUCAAACAUAAUCCAUGAUUUCUUGCAGAAUUACAUACAGCAACUUCUGUUCUUCAGAGAAUUGGAAGAAUAUAAAGAGGAAGGCGUCGAUAUACCAUUUAAAUACGAAGAAACACCACAACAAAAAGAAUUCUUAAACAACCUAGUCGACAGCGAACGAAUUCUGCUAAACGGUCUUCAAAACUCCGGUGUAAAAGGAACUUUCAAUUGGUUAAAAAAAAUGAAAUCCCUCCCAAGCGAAUGUAUCGAAGUAGAAAACGAUAAAGUUACUGUACAUCAUACCUUCGAAGAGAUUACCUAUGAUAUUCCGGAUCUAACGGCAGAUAACGCAUCCACUCUGGACGAAGCUGAGUUUGCUGAAACUUUCAAAGGAACUGUUGAUGUCGUAACAGCGGCUAUCGCUAAUCUGACACCAGAAGAAAAUACAUCUUUGGCAGAACAAAUGCAGGCUAUUCUUCCAAAACUAAUAGAAAGCAUGACCGAUGAUUUUCCCCAUUUGGUGGUUUGCCUCCAGGCGACUGAAUCUCCUAGAGAAGAUAUCAAGUUUGAACCACACUACAUCACGCAGCAGCUGAGAGCCUACAACCUUAUGGAAACUAUCAUGAUCCGACAACAAGGUUUCGCGCGUAGAUUGUCUUUUUCGGAAUUCUUGAAUAGAUAUAAAUAUCUAGCCUUCGAUUUCGACGAAGAAGUGGAACUCACUAAAGAAAACUGCCAGCUGCUUUUGAUCAGAUUGAAAAUGGAUGGCUGGCAAAUGGGAACCAGCAAGGUAUUUCUGAGAUAUUAUACUGAGGAGUACCUCACCAGAUUGUAUGAAACACACAUCAAGAAAAUCAUCAAAAUCCAAGCCAUGGCCCGAAGAUUUAUUGUGAAAGCUAGACAAGGGAAAUAAAGUCUAUCUUGAUAUAAAAGAAGGACAAAUAUGGAACUGAAAUCAUUUAUGUGGAUUUGUUUGUUUAUUGAAUAGCAAAUUACUUAUAUUAUCGAAAAAAGCUAAAAUAAAAAGUAUUGUCUUUUC